UCCUCACAUUCUCCAGUCUGCCGUGCAGCACCCCGUUCAUUCACACAUUUCUCUCUGACCAGCUUCCUCUUCAUCCCGUCAUGUCCGCGGCCAGCACCGAGACCAGCGCGGGGAGCCGCGUCUUCUUCCAAGGUGCGCCCGGGGUGGGCUGCGUGGGGUCCGGCCCCAUCAAUGGGGAGGAUCCGGUCCAAAAGAAGCAGGGCAAGGUGACGGUCAAAUACGACAGGAAGGAGCUGCGGAAAAGACUGGUGCUGGAGGAGUGGAUCAUUGAGCAGCUCAGUGAUUUGUAUGACUGCGAGGAGGACGAGAUGCCCGAGGUAGAGAUAGAUAUUGAUGACUUGUUGGAGGUGAACAAUGACGAUGAAAGAGCCAGCAAACUUCAGGAAUCAUUAAUAGACUGCUACAAACCAACAGAUGAUUUUGUUCGCGAACUGCUGUGCAGGAUAAGGGGAAUGAGGAAACUCAGUGCUCCAACCAAGAAGGGUCUAUAAUGGCUUCGUAGCAACCAUCGACGAAACAUUAAGCAACGCCAUCUCAGCUCUACCAACUUCAUCCACUGAACAUGGGCUGUCAUCGCACCAAAUAAUUCAUUAGACGAUUAAUACCUACUUUGCGACUGGCAAACAUGUUCCGUUAAAUACAUAAAUUAGCUCUGGCCAUUCAUGUCACACAAAAAACCAUGGUUUAUUGUAAUAUUUGACUGUUAUAAGGUAAUCAUGCUUAACAGAACCAACAAAAGAUUUAAUAAGCAACGGGAAAAUGUUAAUUUGAAUGUGUCAGAAUGGAAAUGUGCUUUAAUAUGGAUACCAAGUUAUUACUUUUAAUACAAAAAGCAGCCAUUAAGAAAAUAGAUCGUGAAUCUUGAAAAGUGGUGGAAAUGGGUGGGUCUGGAUUUGCUGUAGCACUAUGUAAAGUGCUUCAGGAUUUUGUUGUUUUAUAAAUGAGGUGUUUUUCUGUUACGUCUCUUUAAAUAAUAAUAACGUAUGAUAUGUUGCAGUUUUUAUUGUUUGAAUGAACCAAAUGUUGUUUCCAGCUGGUUUUGUUAGUGUCAGCCUCCUAAGUAAUUGAAUUGUUAUGUUUUUUAGAAGCCAAACUUCCUGUAAAAAUGUACUAAGGUUUUUGCAUAUUGUUCCUGUAAGCUUACGCAAGAUUUAAUGGGUUUUGCCUUUUCUUUUUAAUAUGAGACUGCAAAUCACUGUAUCAUUUGUGGCUUGAAGAGCAUGGAAUAUGUAUAUUCUUAAGCUUCUUCAAUAGAUAAUGAAAAGUUGGCCAUUAGGAUUUUUGCUUAAAGCUCCCACAUAUCUGUUUCUUGCAGUUUUGCAAAGCAAUUCUUUGGAUAAUCGCUGUAAGAGUACUGUGGGUCACUUUCCUCUCUUCUCGGCAGUGAUCCUAAAAUACUGAUGGCCAAAAAGUGAACGCGAUUGAGUCAGAACCAAAGGGCGACUUGAAAAACACUGACACUUUGACCUGUUAUGGCCUGCUACAUCCUAAAUCGUAUGCAUCACCGAGGUGGGUGUGAUCCUGCUUUUGAAAAGAGAUUAAGCUUGGUAACAUGUCUGAAAGGGUACAGAACCAUAGGGAUUUUUAUAUAGGAUUUAGCAAAUAUGUUGUAAAUUUUAGGUUUAAAAGAUUGUUUUAAUAAUUUACUUUUGUUAAUAAUAUCCGCACCAACAUGCUGAAAAACAUGUUGGCUCUGGUACAAUCACGCCUCCUAAUAUGGAUGGGACUCGGCCCCAUUUCAUUUCCGAGCAGUUGACGGUAAUGUGACAAACGGAAAAGUGGAAAUUGAGACAUAAUUAGCUGUCAAAAACAAACACAGAACAGUUAGAUGUUAACAUGAUUCACACUGGUCCUGCAUGCUUGCAACACAGGCACAAACACUAACAAUUAUCUAAUAAUCCCUUUUUUGAAUAAAAAAAUACUUUUUUUUUUACCUGGCUACUAUGUACGACUUUUCUUUUGAGGCAACGUGAGUAUCACGUUGAAUAGAAUCCAGGAAAUUUUGAAAUGGUGCUGUUUUUGAUGUUCUUCCCAGAGUCUAGUUAUGUAAAAAAUGUUUUCCAACAUUACCGGAGAAACUUGUCUGUGAGAAAUAUGUGUGUUGAAAACUCUGUCCUCUUUGUUCAUCUUUUUUUUUCAUCUCUGUUGGCCUGGUGAGGCUCCAUCUCAGUGAAAAAGCACUGUUUAUUUAGUUCAAAACUUGAUAUUUUCUAGUUUUGAACUGAAGCUCAUAACUGAUGUAAAAGCCAUUAGUGGAAUUUGAGAACCAUCCAAGAUUCCUGUAAAGACACUGUCUGGGAUUUUCUUUUAAAGAGUUCAGGGCCAAGACGUACACAUAAAUAUUUAUGCGAUUUCAUGUGAGAACUAUUUUGAAAGUGACCAUAUAAGAAAGCUUUAUGUUUGCAUGAGUUUUUAAAAGUAGCAUGUUGAAGGGGAACACUUUCUUUAUCUAGAGGUUUUUAUUUCACAAGUCUUUUUUUUAUUCUAUUAUUGUUGAUAUUGAUACAAUUUGGACUGUUCCAUUUUUCAGCAAAAUUUGUUUCUGUGUACUCACAAUAAGAAUAGAGUUUUUUAAAAUGUGUUGUAGUGUGUUAUUUGGGAUUGCUGAUAAUAAAAUGUACAAAACGAC